UCGAAAAAAACAAAAAACAAAAACUCACACGUCAUCGUCAUCUCUGUUACAAGAGCACAGCAAAAGAGAGCGAGCGAGACCCAAGAUCUCAUAAACUGCGAGCUAAAGAUAAAGAAGGCGAAAGCGAAGAGCGAUUCCUUGAAGCGGCAGCAAAAUCUAUGCUCCGUUCCUGGAUCGGCACUCACUCGCGCUGCAAACUUUCGAUUCCCAUUCUGCCCCUACGGUCUAGGGUUACAAAAAGAGCUGUUUUUGUUUAGCUGCGCCUUUUCCUAGGGUUUCACAUUCUCGGAAAAUUUCGAUUGAUUUGGUCGGAUCCGGAGGAGGAUGGCGCUGUUUCGGAAAUUCUUUUAUCGCAAACCCCCCGAAGGGCUUCUUGAAAUUUCGGAGCGAGUUUAUGUAUUUGAUUGUUGCUUCACGACCGAUGUUUUGGGAGAAGAUGAGUACAAGGUCUAUAUUGGAGGCAUUGUUUCUCAACUCCGCGAGCAUUCCCCUGAUGCAUCCUUCAUGGUCUUCAAUUUUCGGGAGGGUGAGCAUCAAAGCCGAAUAGCAGAAAUCUUAUCGGAAUAUGAAUUGACUGUGAUGGACUACCCCCGACAAUAUGAAGGGUGUCCUUUACUCACAAUGGAGAUGAUCCACCAUUUCCUGAGGUCUAGCGAGAGCUGGCUUUCAUUGGGUCAGCAGAAUGUCUUGUUAAUGCACUGUGAGCGAGGUGGAUGGCCUGUUCUCUCUUUCAUGUUGGCAGGGCUUUUGAUCUAUCGAAAGCAGUACACCGGUGAACAGAAGACAUUGGAUAUGAUAUAUAAACAAGCUCCCCGUGAGCUGUUGCAGUUGCUUUCUCCCUUGAAUCCAUUGCCUUCUCAGUUGAGAUACUUGCAGUAUAUCUCAAGGAGGAAUGUUGGCUCUCGGUGGCCUCCGCUGGAUAGGGCACUUACAUUGGACUGUGUCAUUCUCAGGAUUCUUCCCAACUUUGAUGGUGAAGGAGGUUGCAGGCCAGUAUUUCGUAUUUAUGGGCAGGAUCCUGUUGCUGAGUCUGAUAGGACUCCUAAAGUUCUAUACUCAACACCUAAGAAGAGCAAAAAUGUUCGGCUUUACAAACAGGCAGAUUGUGAACUAGUUAAAAUUGAUAUACAUUGCCACAUACAAGGAGAUGUUGUAGUUGAGUGCAUUGCAUUAGAUGAAGAUCUAGAACGUGAGGAGAUGAUGUUCAGAGUCAUGUUCAAUACAGCCUUUAUCAGGUCUAACAUUCUUAUACUAAAUCGGGAUGAGAUUGACAUUCUGUGGGAUGCAAAAGAUCGAUUUCCAAAGGAUUUCAGAGCUGAGGUCCUUCUUUCGGAAAUGGAUGCAACCUCUUCCCUCGUUACUGUGGAGAUGGCUAGUGCUGAUGAGAAAGAGGGUCUUCCCGUGGAAGCAUUUGCCAAGGUCCAGGAGAUCUUUAGCACCUUAGAUUGGGUAGACGGGAAGGGAGAUGCUGCACUUCAAGUUCUUCAAAAGUUAGCUUCUUCAAAUGCUUUUCAGGAGAAGCUGGACUCAGUUUCGCCGCGGAAAGUUGAAAUGGAUCUGCCACAGAAAUCUAGUCCUGACACACUCAAAGAGAAAGUAGAUGGGAAGGGAGAUGCUACAAUUCAGGGAUUUCAUAAAUUAACUCUUUCAAAUGUUUUUCAACAGAAGCUUGACUCAGUUUCUACGGAGAAAGUUGAAAUGCAUCUGCCGCAGAUAUCUAGUCCUGACAUGUUUGAAGAGAAAGUGAUGUUGGCUGAGGCUAUUGACAGAGUAACAACACCAUCACCUUCGGAUUCAAAGAAGCAACCUAUUCCCUUUCAGAAACAGUCUCCCGAUUCAUUCACAGAAAGGCCAAAUGUUGAUCACCAUGACUUGCAGAUUGCUCUGCAACGUCCUUCUCAAUCUAAAAUAGUAUCCCAACGAGUGCCGAAAUCUUGGUCAACUCCAGUUUCCUCUGUCAAUUCCUUGCAGAGCUCUCCUAAACCUUUUUCAAGAUAUAACAGUGCACCUUCAGCUCUUGGCAUUACAGCUCUCCUACAAGAUCACACAUUGAUCGUGAGCUCGGAAGUUGCUCAUUCGGUGACAAUGUCUGCAUCUGCCCCAUCCCUUUUUGCUGUAGCUAGUUCUGGCUUAUCUGAAAGUGUUUCCACGAAGAUUCCUUCACCAUCUGUAUCACCUGCUGAAUCUAAAAUUGUUUCUUCACCAGUGCAGUCACUGCAUACUCCAAUACUUUCGGCAGUAAGCUCCGACAUGGAAGCUCCAAUAACUGCAACUUCACAGCCCGUUGGAAAUACUACUGUGCCCAUUUCGCUGCCACCUCCACCUCCCCCGCCCCCUAUAUGGCCGAGAAGUUCAGUAGCACAGACCGCACCACCGCCUACACUAAUGGCACCGGUGAGAUCAGCAUCAGCAGCCUUGUCACCAUCUCCACCACAACCACUGCCACCUACAUCAUCAUUGAAAAAAACAUCUCAAUCACCCCAAGCACCAUCAACCCCUGAACAUUCAGCUUCAAAGCCUUUUGAACCUUCUGUUCAUGUUCCCUCUCCCCCUCCUCCAUCUCCACCCUCUUCCAGUCAAGGGAUAUCAUCAGCUGCCCUCUCUCUGAAACUUGAUACAAGUUCUCCUGUUUCACGUAGUCAAUCACUGCCUUCAGGGGGCAAGUCAAUCCCUCCUCCCCCUCCGCCGCCAGUUUCAUCAUCAAUGCCCCCUCCCCCUCCUCCACCUUUAGUUUCUUUGUCAAUUCCUCCACCUUUAGUUUCAUCAUCAAUUCUCCAUCCCACAUCUCCACCUUUAGUUUCUUCAUCAACUCCUCCACCUUUAGUUUCAUCAUCAAUCCCCCCUCCCCCUCCCCCUCCUCGACCUCUAGUUUCUUCAUCAACUCCUACUCCUCCUCCACCCCCUAUCAAGAGGUCUAGUGCCCCUUCACCUCCAACCCCUCCAUCUCGUUCAGGGCCAUCAUCUUCCCCUCCAUCUUGUUCAGGGCCAACAUCUUCAGGACCACCUCCACCCCCACCACCUCAAAAACCUACAUCAAAGCAUUCAGGUGGUUCUAUACCCCCAUCAGUGCCGUCACCUCCUUUUGGCCAUUCUCCACUCAAGGGAUCAAGCGCUGCUUCAUCCCUGUCUACAUCUUUGGGGAGCAAGGGGCCUCCACCUCCACCUAACGGGAUGAAUGGUCCAUCAAGUGCUUCAUUGGGUGUAAAGGGACGUAAUUUGAGUCGCACAAGCUCCAGGCAUGCUAGUCAAUCAUCAUCCAAAAAGACUUCUUUAAAACCACUACAUUGGGUUAAAGUAACUAGAGCUAUGCAGGGAAGUCUGUGGGCCGAGACACAGAAGCCUGAUGAAGCUUCAAAGGCUCCAGAGUUUGACAUGUCUGAACUUGAGAGUCUUUUCUCAGCAGCAGUUCCGAAUUCUGAUCGUCAUGGUUCAGCUGACAAGUCGAGUGGGCGUCCAUCACUUGGUCAGAAACCAGACAAAGUUCACCUGAUUGAUCUCAGAAGGGCGAACAAUUGCGAAAUCAUGCUUACCAAGGUGAAAAUGCCACUGGCUGAUUUGAUGAGUUCAGUGCUUGCUUUGGAUGAUUCAGUUUUAGAUGGUGACCAGGUAGAUAAUCUCAUAAAGUUUUGUCCGACAAAAGAGGAAGUGGAGCUACUCAAGGGUUUCGGUGGAGAUAAAGACAGUUUGGGAAAAUGCGAACAGUACUUUUUAGAGCUGAUGAAAGUUCCAAGGGUAGAAUCAAAGCUGAGAGUCUUCUCUUUUAAGAUUCAGUUUCGAUCCCAGGUUGCCGACCUGAGUGGUAAUCUGAACAUUGUCAAUAAUGCUGCCAAAGAAAUCAGGAAUUCUGUCAAAUUGAAAAGGAUCAUGCAAACAAUUCUGUCUCUGGGAAAUGCAUUAAAUCAGGGAACAGCUCGUGGUUCUGCAGUUGGAUUUAGGUUGGAUAGCCUUUUGAAGCUCACAGAUACACGGGCAAGGAACAAUAAGAUGACUCUCAUGCAUUAUUUGUGCAAGGUUCUUGCUGAUAAACUUCCAGAGCUGCUAGACUUUUCCAAGGAUCUUGUCAACCUUGAAGCUGCUUCAAAGAUAAUGUUAAAGACUUUAGCAGAAGAAAUGCAAGCAAUAAGCAAAGGUCUUGAGAAAGUUGAACAGGAAUUAUCGGCUUCCGAAAAUGAUGGUGCUAUAUCUGACACUUUUAGGAAGACUUUGAAGGAAUUUUUGGUUGGUGCUGAAGCUGAAGUGAGAGCCUUAACGUCACUCUAUUCCCAUGUGGGGAGGAAUGCAGAUGCGUUGGCCCUUUAUUUUGGGGAAGAUCCAGCUCGGUGUCCGUUUGAGCAAGUGAUGUCUACGCUUCUCAACUUUGUGAAAAUGUUUGUGCGCGCCCAUGAGGAAAACUGCAAACAGCUAGAGCUGGAGAAGAAAAAAGCUCAGAAAGAAGCAGAACAUGAAAAGAUGAAGCUCGGUGCUCAGAAAAGAGAACAGGAGAACUUAGUGCACUCCCCAAGAACUAGAUAAUGGAAAUUCUAACGUUAGGUCCUGAUCCAGCUAACAACACAAAGUUUUUGCUCCUCCUGGUCAGAGAAAGCUAAAUGUGCUCUCUAUUUAUCAGCACAGAGUGCAGAAAGGAGGUUUUAGCAGCAGAGUUUUUCUUUCUCUUUUUCUACAGGGUCAAUAGUUGAGUUGUCAUUGGAGCCAAUUGGCAACAAGCCCAUCUGCUGAAAGAGCUUGUUUGGGAACAGAGAGAUGCAGCAUCCCGAAAGUAACCAUGGUAGAGGACUUGUCUUAUACUCACUAACCAGGAACCCCGCAACAUUGUAAAUAACUACAGAGUAGAGAGUUUACUUGUCGUUUUGUGUUUCUCCAUAUUUUUUUUAUAUCUAUCAUAAUUUGUAAAUUGUUUCCUUUGGGGAAUUCAUAAGAGGGCUGUAGUGCCAGGGGUGACGUUUUUCUCUUCCAUUGAAUCAAAAUAUAUUUCUUCA